UCUCAACAGCCCAAACGAUGCAGGUGCCUAUGGAUCCGGCCUCGCCAACAAAGGCGUCCAUCAUGGACGGUCUAAACCUCAACAGCGUGCUCGAGUCCCCCGUCUUUGCCGGGGGUCUCGGCCUUGCAGCACUCGGCAGCGCCGCAGCACUGGGCCGGCGCGGUGCCAUCCAGGGCGCCAGGCUGCUGAAGCGGCAGCUUCUCGUCAACGUCGAGAUCUCCAAAAACGACCCUUCGUACAGAUGGAUCUUGGCCUACCUCUCCCGCCCGCGCGAGACUCCCGGCCUCCUGGCCAGCCGGCUCACGCGCAUCCGGGAACUCUCCGUCAAGACCACCACACGGUCCAUCGCGCCGGGCAAGGGCAACGCCGGCGAGGGUGCGCCGACGCACGCGCACUUUGCGCUGGUGCCCGGAUACGGCUCGCACGUCGUCAGGCACGCGCCAGGCGUGUACAUCAUGGUCCAGAGGGACAAGAGCUCCACGGCCGAGAUGGCGACGGGCGAGCCCCAUGAGACGAUGACGCUGACGGCGCUGUGGGCGCAUCGGCACGUGUUUGAGGAGAUUUUUGGGGACGCCCACAGCAUGAUGGCACGUGCGACUGAGGGCAAGACGGUGGUGUACACCGUCCGCGGGUUCAAUUGGGAGCAGCUCGGCGAGCCAAGGCGGAAGAGGCCACUCGGCAGCGUGAUCCUGGACGAGGGUGUCAAGGAGGGUAUCGUGGCGGAUGUCAAGGAUUUCAUUGCGAGGCAGGAGUGGUAUGCCGAGCGAGGGAUACCAUACCGCCGGGGCUAUCUGCUCUUCGGACCCCCCGGGGGCGGCAAGUCCAGCUUCAUACAUGCGCUGGCCGGAGAGCUGAACUUUGCCAUCGCCACCAUCAACUUGAGCGAGAGGGGCAUGGCGGAUGACAAAUUGGCCAUGAUGAUGCAGAAGCUCCCGCAGCGGACCAUCGUCCUGCUGGAGGAUGCGGAUGCCGCAUUUGUGAAUAGGAAGCAGAGGGAGUCGGACGGCUACAGCGGGUCCUCGGUGACGUUCUCGGGUCUACUGAACGCACUCGACGGGCUGUCUGCCGGCGAGGAGAGGAUCGCCUUCCUCACGACAAACCAUAUCGACAGGCUGGACCCGGCCCUGAUUCGUCCCGGGAGAGUGGACAUGAUCGUGCGCGUGGGCGAGGCAAGCAGAUACCAGGCAGGGCAGAUGUUUGAGCGCUUCUACGGAGAUGUCGACCAGGACGGGGAGGGCAAGGCGCGUUUCUUGCAGAAGCUUGACGACAUGGGGCUGUUUGACGACAAGACGGCCAAGAGCACGAGUGCUGCGGCAAUUCAGGGCCUCUUCCUCUUCCACAAGAACGACAUGGAGGGUGCCAUCAACAUGGCCGAGGUGCUGGGCCAGCCCCAGCACACAGAUAACUGAACGAUGGGCCGUCGUGAUGGGUCUGUGUGCUCUGUUCUGACAGCACUUGGAGGUGACGACGGUCAGCCUCUAGUGCAUGCGCCUGGACAUGCGCCUGGACAAUGUUUGUGAGCAGGUAUGUGUAGUGUACAUAGAAAUGAUACCCACCUUGGAAAUCA